CUCCACACCACUGUUCUCUGCCAGCGUCGCUCCAUUGCACAAUGUCCUCGCACUCCCACUCCCAGUUCGAGAAGGCAGAGAAGGUAGAGAGCGGUGAGAUCGCCGAGGUCAACGCUCUCCCCACGCGCACAGCGUUGGGCCCGUCCACGCCUCAGUUCAGGAAGCUUGGAAACCCAGGGCCUCUCGGGUUGUUUGCCUUCGCCGGCACCACGCUCAUGCUGUCGCUGUUCAACGCGUCUGUGCGGGACAUCCACACGACGAACGCGAUCAUGGCCAUGGCUCUGUUCGUUGGCGGCCUCGCGCAGUUCGCCGCGGGCAUGUGGGAGUUCGCGUGUGCAAACACCUUCGGCGCGACUGCCUUCACGAUGUACGGUGCAUUCUGGAUGUCGUACGCGACGAUCUUCAUCCCCGGCUCUGGCAUUAGCGCCGCUUACGCGGAUGCCGCGGAGGACUACGCGACGGCCCUCGGUAUGUACCUGAUGAUGUGGUUCAUCAUUACGUUCCUUCUUUUUGUUGCUUCAACGCGCCGGAACAUCGGCAUGUGCGCCCUGUUCUUCUUCCUGACGAUCACGUUCCUCCUCCUCGGCAUCGCCGAGCUUGUGAAGUCAACGUCUGCGGCAUGCGCGAAGGCGGGCGGCUGGACGGGUAUCAUCACGGCGUUCAUCGCGUUCUACGUGGGCCAGGCACAGCUGAUGAUCCGCGAGGAGAGCUGGUUCACAAUGCCUAUCGGUGUUAUCCCUCAAAGGCUCAAUUGAUUUCGUUGCCGCGUGGGCCCGAAAAGCCCUGCUCUGCCUUGAAGCUUGCAUCGCUUCGUGUAUUACUAGUAUAUUAUAGGUGCUACUUAUACCGUAUCAUUAUGGGGA